AUGAUUAGAAAAAUUGGCGUCCGUACAAUCUUCUCACGGUAUCUUACCGGUCCCAAGUUGCACUCAACAAUAAACCAAGCAGAAAUUGCUAAAUUCUCCGAUCUCUCUGCUCACUGGUGGUCUCCUUCUGGUCCAUUCGCUCUUCUUCAUCGGAUGAAUCCGAUUAGAGUCGAUUAUAUACGAAGGCAUCUUGCUGAAUAUAGAAGUUGUGAAGAAGGUGGUAGCUUGCAGAAACGACAUAAGUUACCCUUUGAAGGCUUGAAGAUAUUGGAUGUUGGCAGUGGAGGAGGGUUAUUAUCUGAGUCGCUGGCACGUUUAGGUGCAAAUGUAGUUGGAAUAGAUGCAUCAAAUGAAAAUGUCCAGGUCGCUAAAUUUCAUGCAAAGAAAGAUCCUAGGUUGAUUUCUGGUCCUGGAAGAGUCGAGUAUCGAUGUAUGACUGCUGAAGAAUUGCUAGAAACAGAAAAGAAUGCUUUUGAUGCAGUCUGCACAAUGGAAACUAUAGAACAUGUUGAUCAUCCUGCUGACUUUCUCAAGGCAUGCUGUGGACUUGUAAAGCCUACAGGGCACCUUUUCAUUUCAACCAUUUCCAGAACAUUGCUUUCCUAUACCUUGACCAUACUGUUGGCCGAGAAAGUUCUAAAUAUUGUUCCCUUAGGGACACACGAUUUCCAUAAAUAUGUACGGCCUGAGGAAGUAAGUCUAGCUUUAGAUGAGAUACGAGAAGAUGAAGACACGAAUGGAAUGGUGAAUAAAACCAGAUGGGUUGUUGUAGAUACUACUGGAGUAGGAUACAAUCCAAUUAUGGGCAAGUGGUUUGAGAUUAAUAGAAAGUUUCCCUGGGCCAUGGAAGUGAAUUAUUUCUUAUGUGCCAGUAGGGUGGAGGUACAUUGA